GACGAAUUCACCACCGAGCAGCAAACGACAAGCGAAUAACGAUAGUUUGGCCUCAGCUGCCGGCUUUUCUUCAACCUCCCCCUUAAACCUAUCCCUGAACCUCUCAUCGACUUCCCCAGUCCUUGCGGCUCGAAACAGCCCUGCCACUCCAGCAUGGCGUUGACUAACGCGCAAAAACAUACCGUGAGCCACUUCGUGGCCUUGACCGGUGCGAAUGAUAGGACUGCACAGAGGUUCCUCAAAAAUGCAAAUUACAAACUCGAUGCUGCUGUCGAUCAAUACUACAAUAGCAGCCAGGCCGCACAGGCAAGCAACAAUAAACCGGACCUGGCGCUAAAUAAGAUGUUUGACGACCUUAGAGACCCAGAUGAAGACAAGGAUAAGGAUCAGAUUGGAGUGGACUCGAUGAUGGGUUAUCUCACGAGCCUGGGCGUCAACCCGGAAUCGUGCGAGAUCUUUGUCGUGCUGGAAAUCGUUCAGGCCACCAGCUUUGGCCAGAUUACACGGAAAGGCUACGUCGAUGGGUGGAAGGCUACUGGUGUAACGCCCGCCCCGGCCAGCCACCGGGUACACGUCCGGAACUGCGUGGCCCAGCUCUCGACCGACGCGGCCUAUUUCAAACGGGUGUACCGGCACACCUUCGUGGCGGGCAAGGAGGCGGACCAGAAGGCCAUCUUGGUCGAGAACGCGCUGGUGUACUGGGAGAUGAUGUUCAAGCCGCCCGGGCGGCCGUGGGCGAGCGGGCGCACCGACUGGCUCGAGGCGUGGAACCGGUUCCUGCUGGAGAACUGGAAGCGGUCCGUCAACCGGGACAUGUGGAACCAGACGCUCGAGUUCGCCCGCAAGACCCUCGAGGACGAGACCCUGUCCUUCUGGAGCGAGAGCGCCUCUUGGCCGAGCGUCAUCGACCAGUUCGUCGUGUGGUGCCGCGACAACGGCGUCGCGGCCGCGCCCGUGGCGGCCGGUGGCGGUCAGCGGGCUGUCGACGGUAUGGACGUCGACCGCUGAUCCGCUGGCCGCUUGUAGCCUUGGGUUACCGGCUUCUUCCGGUUCACCUACGCGCUGUUCCUUGGGCAUUUGUCGGUCAGUUCCGUCGAUUUUUGUUCUCUAGCU